CCGUCCCUCGGCGGAUUCGCAUCUCCUGCGGUUCUCGAGGUACCUGUCCCCCUCCGACGCCGGCCCGCGCGCCCGAGCCCCGCUCCCCGCAGCCGGCCAGCGGCUCCCCGCGCCCCCUUCCCUUCCCGCCGCUUCUCGGAGCCUCGCCCGACCCGCGCCCUUCUUUCUCGGCGCGCGCGCAGCAUGGCGCCCCCCCGCGCCCUGGCGAUCGGGCUUUUGCUGGCGGUGGCGACGACGGCGGUGGCCGCGGCCGGGAAAGAGUGUGUCUGUGAAAAAUACAAGCUGACUACAAACUGCUUUACGAAUGAAAAUGAUGAAUGCCAGUGUACUUCUUUUGGUACACAGAAUGCAGUGGUUUGCUCCAAAUUGGCUUCCAAAUGUUUGGUGAUGAAGGCAGAAAUGAGUCAUUCCAAGAGUGGGAGAAGACUGAAACCUGAUGGGGCAUUUCAGAAUAAUGACGGGCUCUAUGACCCUGACUGUGAUGAGAAGGGUCUCUUUAAAGCCAAGCAGUGUAAUGGCACCUCCACAUGCUGGUGUGUGAAUACUGCUGGAGUCCGGAGAACCGACAAGGAUACGGAAAUAACUUGUUCUGAACGCGUGAGGACCUACUGGAUCAUCAUUGAACUAAAACACAAAGAAAGAGAAAAACCUUACAAUACUCAAAGUUUGCAGAAAGCACUUCAGGAGGCAAUCACAACUCGUUACCAACUGGAUCCAAAAUUUAUUGCAAAUAUUCUGUAUGAGAAUAAUGUUAUUACUAUUGACCUGGUGCAAAAUUCUUCUCAGAAAACUCAGAAUGAUGUGGACAUUGCUGAUGUGGCUUAUUAUUUUGAAAAAGAUGUUAAAGGUGAAUCCUUAUUCCUUUCUUCUAAAAUGGACAUGACAGUGAAUGGGGAGAGACUAGAACUGGAUCCUGGGCAAACUCUCAUUUACUACAUGGAUGAAAAAGCUCCUGAGUUUUCAAUGCAGGGCCUAACAGCUGGCAUCAUUGCUGUCAUUGUGGUUGUGGUUAUAGCAAUUAUUGCUGGAAUUGUUGUGCUGGUUAUUUCUAGGAAGAAAAGAACAACAAAAUAUGAGAAGGCUGAGAUAAAGGAGAUGGGUGAGAUGCACAGAGAACUGAAUGCAUAACUACUCCAAUGUGCAGAUUAACUAACUAGAAGAAGGAGAAUUAGCAAGUGGUACGCCAUUACAGAUGUGUGAACAUGGGACAAAAAGGUUUUUGAGGAUUACUAUUUUGUUAGUUAACACCAUUUGUUUGUAAUAUGAAACCUGUACUCAAACUAUAAGCAGCUUGAAAUUGGCAUUACCAGUCUUCAGAUUUCACAAGUGUCUUACAAAUACAGAUCUAAUAUAAAACCCACAACUUUGGACCGCAUAGUUAGAUCAUUUAUAAUUUUUGAAGAGUGCAUUAAGUAGGCUUCUACACUAGUUUGUUUGAAUGACCAGUGUCUCAUUCAUCUAAUUGAAAGCUGCCUUUCUGUUUAUUUUGAAUCUUGUAUAUAAAGUUUUUUUAAUGAAAUAAAACAUUUAAAAACUAA